UGUUUAUUUGUCACAGGUGGGCCUAACAGGCUCAUAUUUACCAAGAGUUAAUGAUUGAAUAAUGAUGUUAUUGGAUAUUCUGUGCUUGUUCUCCAUUUCAAUAUGUUUUUGUAAUUCGCAAAAUACUGGAGGCGUAACAUAUUUAACAAGAUGGAGAAAAAUGGGCUUAUGUGCUCCUUCAGAGGUGAUUUCCUUUACAGGCGGUUCUACUUUAUACGGAGUUCAAGAAUAUUGGAAUGGAAUAGUAAAUGUAACACGUGAUUUCACAGCUGAUAAGGGAAUAGCCCAAAUGGAAAAGUGUGGCGAAGGAUAUUACCCCUGUGAAAAAUUUUUCAAACUGGAAGGAGGUAAACGAGUCUUUGAAAAUUUACUCAAUACACCUAAUCAAGCAUGGUCAACGCUUAGUAAUGCAAUCAAUCCAAAAAUCACGUCGUCUCGCUUUAAGAAAGGUAUUUACACAAUCACUAACGCGACAUUGGAUAUUGAAAAAGCAAUGCUUGUGAUGCCAGAAUUCCCCAAAUAUUAUUGGAAAUUAACGGGGAAUUGUUCGGAAAAAGGCGUACCUUUGUUUUGUUUUGAGUCAGAAUUUCAUGUUUUUAAAUACACUCAACAUGACAGAAAAAGAAACGGCUGAGCGAAUUUUCCUAUCGAAUAUUACAAUCAACUUAUUUUUUGUGCAAUUUGUUUGUUUUUGUAUAAAUUGAAAUAUUCAUCCCCAAAUACUACACCACUGACGAGAUUUGAGAACCACUUUUUUUUCUUUUUCUGUUCACCAAGUUUCCUUCUUUUAU